CUGCAUAGAUGAAUUGUUCGAUGUUUCUCCACCUCUAAUAGCUACAACCAAGAAAAAUUGAUUGUUGAAAAUAUAUACAUACCAUUUAGUUUUGUUGAUAUCAGUAACGAAACAAAAAUGCUCCAUUAAACUUAAGUUGUUCUUAGUCCAGUAUGUGCAAAAAAAACAAUACCAAUUGAACUAUAUCUAAACACAACUAAAUAAUAAACACAAGUAAACACAAUCUAAAUAAAGGCCAUGGCGGAUUUGGAAGCGGUUUUAGCUGAUGUCAGCUAUUUGAUGGCAAUGGAAAAGUCUAAAUGUACUCCAGCUGCAAGGGCCAGCAAGAAAUUAGUUUUACCAGACCCCAGUGUCAGAAGUGUUAUGUAUAAAUAUUUGGAAAAGGAAACCGAACUUAAUUUUCAUAAAAUUUUUAAUGAAGUUUUGGGUUAUUUGCUCUUCAAAGACUUUUGUGAGAACGAUUCGGAUGAACCCAUACAGCAACUAAAGUUUUAUGAACAGAUAAAAACAUUUGAAAAAACAGAAUGUUACGAUGAGAGAAAAAAAUUAGCCAGAGAAAUUUAUGAUAACUUUAUAAUGGAGGAAAUGCUGUCACACACCUAUGACUAUUCUAAAGAUGCUGUUGCGAGUGUUCAGAAAUACUUAUUAAAAAAUGAAGUUCCCGUUGACUUAUUUGAACCAUACAUGGAAGAAAUAUUUACACAACUUAAAGGAAAGCCAUUUAAAAAAUUUUUGGAGAGCGAGAAAUUUACUAGAUUUUGCCAGUGGAAGAACCUGGAACUAAAUAUACAAUUGACUAUGAAUGAUUUUAGCGUACACAGAAUAAUUGGGCGUGGCGGUUUUGGAGAAGUAUACGGAUGCCGAAAAGCAGACACCGGCAAAAUGUAUGCUAUGAAAUGUUUAGACAAAAAACGUAUUAAAAUGAAACAAGGAGAAAUGUUGGCAUUAAAUGAAAGAAACAUGCUGCAAGCAGUCAGCACUGGGAUUGAUUGUCCGUUCAUAGUGUGCAUGACUUAUGCAUUUCAUACACCGGAUAAGCUUUGUUUUAUAUUAGACUUAAUGAAUGGCGGUGACCUGCAUUACCAUUUAUCUCAACACGGGAUUUUUAGUGAAGACGAAAUGAAAUUUUAUGCAGCGGAGGUGAUUUUGGGCUUAGAACACAUGCAUAAACGUUGCAUUGUGUACCGUGACCUAAAACCUGCCAACAUAUUGCUUGAUGAAAAUGGACACAUACGAAUUUCUGAUUUAGGAUUGGCUUGCGACUUUUCAAGAAAGAAACCACAUGCUUCAGUUGGAACUCACGGAUACAUGGCUCCAGAAGUUCUAUCUAAAGGAACUUCAUAUGAUUCCAGUGCAGAUUGGUUUAGUUUCGGCUGCAUGUUGUAUAAGUUACUGAAAGGCCAUUCACCAUUUCGACAACAUAAAACAAAGGAUAAGCAUGAAAUUGACAAAAUGACAUUGACUAUGAACGUAGAACUUCCAGAAUCAUUUUCUGUAGAACUAAGGAACUUGUUGGAAUUGUUACUUCAAAGAGACGUACCUAAACGACUUGGCUGCAUGGGAAAUGGUGCUGAUGAAGUAAAAAUGCAUAAUUUUUUUUGUGGAAUCGACUGGCACCAAGUUUACAUUCAAAAAUAUAUUCCGCCUUUGGUGCCCCCAAGAGGAGAAGUUAAUGCCGCUGAUGCCUUUGAUAUUGGAUCUUUUGAUGAGGAAGACACCAAGGGCAUAAAACUAAACGAGACGGAUCAAGACCUUUACAAGAUGUUUUCGCUGACCAUAUCUGAAAGGUGGCAACAGGAAGUCUCUGAAACUGUAUUUGAAACCGUUAAUUCCGAGACCGAUAGAAUCGAACAAAAAAGGAAAGCAAAGCAAAAGCAGCACUUCGAUACAGAUGAAAAGGAAUCUGAUUGUAUAUUACACGGGUACAUCAAAAAACUUGGAGGAUCUUUUGCUUCUGUAUGGCAAACUAAAUAUGCCAAACUUUAUCCAAAUAGGUUAGAGCUACAUUCUGAAAGUGGAAAUAAUAAACCAGAAUUGAUAUUUAUGGACCAAGUAGAAGAUAUGUCAUCCGAUUUUAUUCUUCAUAAAAAUGAAAAUUGCAUUCAAAUUCGGAUUAACGAUGGUAGCCGAGAUGGCAGAAUCAUUUUGACAAACUCAGAUGAAAUAGGCUUAAAAGAAUGGUCAUCUUCUUUAAGGUCAGCACACAAAAUUUCACAAGACCUCUUGGGAUCGAUGGCUAAAAAGGCUGGAAAAAUCUAUGGAAGUGAAAGAGACGGCAACAAAGCCAUGUAUAUUAUCGGUGGAAACAGUUCAACGAAAACUUCUAAUGGGUCUAAUUAAUAUGUAUUUAUAUUGUGUCUUAAAAGCUUCAGCAUUUCUGAUAUGUAAAAUUUAGGGGUAAACGUUAUUAAAGAAAUGUGGAGAGAUUCAUAAAAA